AUGAUGGCAGUAAAGAAGGCAAUGAAAGACCUUCAUUCUAGAUCCUUCUCCAAUGCUUGGCAAAAAGCUGAUGAAUACAGGCAAAAACUAACUUGCCUCCAAACCCACCCUGAUAUUCAGCAUAAUGAUCAGCUGCAGAUGGAAGAAAGGGAAACUUCAAGAAUUGAUUGGCUCACUCAAGGUGACACUAGCUCCAGGCUUUUCUUCACUGCUGCAAAGGUUAGAAAAGCUAAGAAUAAUAUUAUUCUACUUUAUAGUGAGCAAGGAGUCCUGUUAACAAAGCCAGAGGAGAUUCAAGGAGAGCUUGUUGAGUUCUAUAGAAACCUCUUAGGAUCUGCUGCUCCUAUGUUACAAGCUAUUGACUUGCAGACUGUAAGAACAGGCCCAAGACUUAGCACAGCUACAAGUCUAAGAGCAUAUCAUAGUUUAGUGUCUAAGAUUUGCACUGCUGUGGAGAAAUUUUCUGCUGCUUCAGGUCUUCAUGUAAGUCCUGAGAAGAGUAAUAUCUAUUUGGCUGGAGUGAGUCCUGAGGAAGCUGCAAAUCUUGCUGAGAGUGGGAUCAAAGGUAUUGUUGAAGCUGUAAAGGAGUAUGCUUGUGUUGGUCGAGCAUACUUUGAGAAGGAAGCAGUGGGUAAAGGGUCUGCUGCAGACAUAUUGUGCAAUAUUCUAAGGAAUAUUGGUGAUGUUCCACCUCCGGGUUUUGAAGAUGUUUCUCCUCCUCCUUCUAAAGAUUGUCCUCCUCCUAACAAGAGCACACCAGCGGAUGCCCCUAUAUCCCUAAAGAAAAAUGCCCCAACUUCUAAAGCUUUGGCCGAGAAAGCCGCCGCAAAGAAAGCGGCCGGCACCAGUGAGGCUCCUCCCUCAAAAAAGGCCAAGGGCUUUACUGCUAAGAAGAGGAAGACCACACGGCCGGUUCCCAAGGUCGUCAUCGAGCUACCGGCCAAGGAGGAGGCCAAAGAAGAGCCGGCUGAAGCCGACUCCCGGGCCCUCGUGGCCUAUACUGGUCCGGCCGAGCAGCCCACACCUUCACAACCUGACGAGGUUGUCAUAUUGGAGGAUGCUGGACAAUCUUCUCAGCCGGACACGGCUGUGGACGGUUCCGCCUUUUCUGGGCCUGUGGCCCAACUCGUAGGCCAGAUGCCGGCUGCGUAUAGGACGGCUUCCCGUUCCUCUGAUAAAGGGAAGGGUCCAGCUGUUGACGGCUCCCCUAGCCUCUCUGACGAUGAAUCUUCUCCAGCUUUUGGAAAGAUGUCUUCGUCCGAUCGUGAGAAGCUCAAGACGGAGCUGUUUAAGUGCUUUCCCGAACCUUAUAUCAAGGGGUUAAGGGGAGCAUCGUCUGGGCAUGUAGGUUACAUGUCUCAGCUUGCUGCCGAGCUUUUUGCUCGCAGCAUGAUAACAGAGGACUGGGCAAAGGAGCUCAGAAAAGAGAAUAAGAAGCUCGUCCACGAUGUGACGGCGGCUGCUGAUCAUGCCCAGUUUGCUAUGGCCCAGCAAGAGGUGCUGCAUCAGCAGACCAAGGUUGCAUUGGAAAAACGGUCUGCCGAGCUAGAGUCUCAGAUCAAAGUCUACCUUCUUCGGUUGACGGAGAUGCUGGACGAACGGGCUUCAUUGGAACGUGUCCUGACGGACGAGAGGAACUCAGUCAUGACGAUGGCUGCUGAUUUUUUCAAAGAGAACCUCGUCCUUAAGGUCAAGAACCAAGCCCUUCGUACUGAGGUGGCCGAGACCAUUGCUGGCGCCAAAGAGGCUAUGAACACCGUCAUAGAUACCUCAAAGGAAUGGGCAUUGCAAGCUUUUGGCAUGAUGGCCGAAGAAGAGGAUAUCCCCAGAUAUGCUCGUCGGCUGGCGUUCCAGGAGGCUUUGCAUAAGGCGACUAUAUCCGGAGCCGACCCUCCCGUUUUUGAAGAAUCUUCUGAAGAUGAAGAGGGGAGGACGAUGCUGAGGCCCAGGAUGAAGAGGACAAUGAUCCUCCUGCCGCUUAGUUCCUUUGUUGUACUUGGCCGUGAGCCAUUUGUAAUUUUCCUCCUUUUGUACUUAGAUGAAUUUUAG